CAAUGGUUAAUCAGACAAAGGUCAGUGCCGGAGGAGAGGGCCGUGGCACGUUUCUCUCUGCCCUUUCUCUCGACGGAACUCAGGACUCCUGGCGAGAGAGGGGAGAGGGGCUGUGGUGGGACGGCGCAGGGGAGUGUGGCCGCACAGCAGGACUCCCUUCGGAAGAAAAUGUCACUGGGACCUGCGGACGGCGGGCGGCGCGGGCUGGUCACGGCCAGAGGGUCAUCUCUUUGAGUCUGUAUGGCGACAACUCUGAGUACUGGGGUGGGCUCAAGUUCAUCCUCGAAGCCUCCACGAAACUGUACCCCGGGUGGACUGUGCGCCUCCACACGGACCCGCGAGGCCACGAAGCCCGCCUGUGCCCGCUCCUUCGCCGCCACCCCCACCUUCACGUGUGCGACGUGCAGCGGCUCCCCGCGCUCGGCGACGUGCGAGACGUGAACCCGAUGCUGUGGCGGGCGGCGCCCUUGGGAGACCCGCAGGUCGCCACGCUGACCGUCCGCGACGUGGAUUCGGCGCUGCUGCCCCGCGACGCCGAGGCGGUGCAGGAGUGGCUGGCGCUCAACAAGACGUGGCACGUCAUGAGGGACUUCGAGGGCCACGGGUUCCGCAUCCUCGGCGGCCUCUGGGGCGCCCGGUCGUGGUCCCGCCGACACGCCGAGGAGCUGGCGAGGCUCAGGAGCGACCUCUUCGCGUGUGGAAGAGAUCGACCGAGGGCCUGGGGCCAAGACCAGGUCAUCCUUGCAGAAAUCCUUUGGCCGGCGAUGCAGGGAGAUCAAGUGGCUCACGACAGCUACUUCUGCCAGAUGUUCCCCGAAACUCGACCCUUUCCAACGGAGAGACGCAGCGGGGAGUUCGUGGGGGCUAUAAGAUACCGAAAGGACAGGUACCUAAUUACAGUGCAGAACAGAUGCCCGAGGGAAUGCCGGCCGCCAGAGCAUCCAGAAUGGAUAUUUUGCUAAAAAAAAAGAAAGGCAAAACUGCGUAAUUGUUUUCAUUUUUAAUGUUGCUUGACGUUGUGUUUGUGAUUUUAAACGCUGAUAAAUCUGUAUGGUGUCUCGAUGAUAAUUUGCAUGGUGGUAGUUUUCUAAAUGAAGGGACGCAAAUACAAAUUAUGUAAUUUGUAAUUUUUGAUCGUGUUUUUUUACGAUUUAGGAUAAUAGUGGUUGUGGGAGACAUUUUAUUCGUUAUCAAAGGAUUACCAA